CAAUGGACCAAUCCACCCAAGUGAGCUUCCCUAUAAUUCCAAGGAAUCAGCACAGGAAAAUGUGGAGGCACAACACAUCCGCUGAUUUAUUCGGGACAAUGCCAAACAGAGGAAUGCCUUUAAAUAACUCGUGGUCUCAACUCAGAACUAUGCCGCACCGACCAAAAUCUCUGAAUUUAACAGCGGAAGCUUACAACAGGACGAAAAUCAUGUAUUUAGAAAGUCCUAUUUCCAGGCUGUCACAUCCAGCUAUGAUGGAAACCCCUAUAGGCUCCAUAUCUAGAGAGCGAACACCACCUUUCUCCAGUGACUCCAGUAUAGCUUCAAAUGGUGCUUUUGGAUUCCCAUCGUAUCAACCUUCACCAAAGAUAAAAUUAGGGGAUGAAGACAGUACCGUGAGCGAUUCGAGAACGUUCUGCCGAUGUUUCGAUGUCGAAGCAGGAGGAACUAACGAAAAACGACAACUAACGAACACAACCGAAGGACUUUCGUGGAGAAGAUUACAUAUGUCUAGGGCGAAACUGAAAGCAACAGCAACAACAUCGGAACUUUUGUCCGGUUUUGCAAUGAUAGCCAUGGUAGAACUUCAAAUCAACACUCCAACUAAUGUACCAGAAUGGUUAUUUGUGAUGUUUGCAGUAUGCACCACAGUUCUCGUAGCAGUUCACAUAUUCGCUUUGAUGAUAUCGACAUAUAUUCUACCCAAUAUAGAAGCAAUAGCAAAGCUAGAAAUAUGCGAAAUGGUUACAGAAAGUCCGCACGAACGAAUGAAAGGCUUCAUAGAAAUUGCAUGGGCGUUUUCCACAAUUUUAGGUCUUUUCCUGUUCCUUAUAGAAAUAGCAAUUCUCUGCUGGGUGAAAUUUUGGGAUUAUUCUUUCACUGCAGCGAUUGCAGCCACAGUUAUCGUCAUCCCGGUACUCAUCACUUUUGUACUGUUUGCUGCGCAUUUCUACCAUUCUUUAGUAGUCUACAAGUGUGCUACCUCUAUUAACGACAUGGAAAAGUUGGAAGACAUCAAAAAACAUCUCGACGAAAUAACAAUUGCUAAGUAGCCGCCUAUUCAGAUACCAGCGAAAUAUUACAUUUUGCCUAUGUUUCAUUGAAGUACAGCAAGCGCCAAACGUGAUGGCGAGCCCCCAUGCGCAUAAACUCAUUUUCAAUGUAACCCCCCUACAGCUCUUG